CGAAACCUAUCUACACAUAAAAUGAUGACGUUUUGUGGGACUACAACCGAAGGGCACGAGCUUGCUUUUGGGAAAGGCGUGCAUUCUGAUAUUUGUUACUCAGAAAAACACCUUAUUGAGGUCUAAUAGCUACAUACAUCAACUAUGCCGCGCUUGCCACCAAAAUCAACACAUUUAAUGAUCAGACUGGCUUUGUUUGGCUGCACCAAUCGUCCUUUUUUCCAUAUUGUGGUCAUGGAAAAUCAUGCCAGCCGCGAUAUUAAACCUCUGGAACAGUUAGGAAGCUAUGAUCCUUUGCCCAACAUUCAUCAAGAGAAACUUGUGGCCAUUAACUUUGAUAGACUUCGAUACUGGAUUGCCAGUGGAGCCCAGUGCAGCAAACCCGUAGAACAUCUUCUUGGCCUGGCUGGUUUCUUUCCCCUUCAUCCCAUGAGUAUCAUAAAUGCCAGGAGGAACAGAGAGAAGGCAAAGAAACAAGAGCAAGAAGCAGCAGAAGCAGCCGCAGAAAAGACUGCAGUGAAAACAGAGUCUUGAGAAUUGUUUUGCAUUUGUGUGUUGUUUUGCUUUAUGGGGACACUGUCAUAAGGACCACAACUGUUCAUAUUCAGUUCACUUAAGGAAAAGGGACUGCAUAGACAGCUGUUAAUGUUACAGCCACCAUCAAUUUUCACGCUAUGGAAAGCCUGUGGUGAAAUAUUUCAAGGAUGGCAGCUGAUGUUAUGCUCAGUUCUAGCUUUGAAAUGCUGACUUUGAUGGAGGGAGAAAGAAUUGAAAAAAAAUAAUUAAACUUUACAUGAAGACUCCUUUCAUAAUUAUUUUGAGAGAAAUUGUGGAUGUGGACUUCAUUUGUUUACAAUCUCAAAAGCAAAUAUUUAUCAGUGGUUUGUGUUCAAGGGCAAAAUAUAUGAACAAAAUU